CUCCACAAAGUCUCUUGUCAGGCAGCAGUCACUGGCUCGUCUCCAUCCCGGGGGAGUUUCUGAGACCCAAGGACUGGAGAGCUGUGGUCACAACGGAGCUUCCAAGAGGGACGCGGAGCAUUGGGAACUGAGGACACACCAGGUGCUGAUCCUGGGAGACCAGAACCAGGGGUACAAGUCUUGCGGGCGUGAGGAGUGUCAUUCAGCGGUUCCGGGAGGCCCAGGAAGCCUACGGCCUGGCUUGGGCACCGUCACCGCCGCCAGGCCACCAUGGUCCUCAGCUGGCUGUUGCUUCUGGUGAUGGCUCUGCCCCCAGGCACGACGGGCACCAAGGACUGCGUCUUCUGUGAGCUGACCGACUCCACGACCUGUCCCGGCACCCACAUGCGCUGUGGCGAUGACGAGGACUGCUUCACGGGCCACGGGGUGGCCCCCGGCAUCAGCCCCAUCAUCAACAAAGGCUGCGUGCAGGCCACCUCGUGUGGCCACGAGGAGCCCGUCAGCUACAUGGGUGUCACCUACAGCCUCACCACCAACUGUUGCACCGGCCGCCUGUGUAACGGGGCCCCCCACCCCGCAGGCAGCCAGAUGGCAGGGGCCACCACCGGCCUGGCGCUGGGCGUGCCGCUAUUCCUCCGACAUUUGCUGUGACCAACCUGGAGGGCAGGGCCCAGGACUGGUCUCCCACCUGCACUGCCCCCCGUGUCCCCCGCCUCCAUCCCCUUCCCCUAUCAAAUGGUCAGAGGCCCUGGACAACC